AUGGAGUCCACGACACAUUUUUAUUUAGUGUGUACCGAAAUGACAACAACAACGGUAACAACAACAACAGUAACAACUACAACGACAAGAACUACAACAACAACCUCAGAGACAACUACUACAACAACAACCACAAUGACAACAACUACAACAACAACAACUGUGACAACUACAACAACAACUACAACAACAACUACAACUACAACAACUACAACAACAACUACAACAACAACUACAACAACUACAGCAACUACCACUACAACAACUACAACGGCGACAACUACAACAACUACAACAGUGACAACUACAACAACUACAACAACUACAACGGCGACAACUACAACAACUACAACAGUGACAACUACAACAACUACAACAACUACAACAACAACAUCGGUGACAACUACAACAACCACAACAACAACUACAACGACAAUAACUACAACAACUACUACUACAGCAGAAACAGAAACGACAACAACAACUACUACAACAGAAACAGAAACGACAACAACCACAAGUACAACAACAACAAGUGUAACAACAACAACUACAACGACAAUAACUACAACAACUACUACUACAGCAGAAACAGAAACGACAACAACAACUACUACAACAGAAACAGAAACGACAACAACCACAAGUACAACAACAACAAGAACAAUUCGACGUGAUAUAUAA